AUGAGGCGAUGGCAAGGACAUCUGCUGAAAGGAGGUUGGAGGGUGGAGCUGAGGAAGAACAUUCUGUUCCUGCAGAGGGAGCCUGAACGAAUGGUGAGCCCAUGCCUGCAGAAGCGGAUGCAAGGGAAAGAGGAGGGAGAAGAGGAAGGGGAGGAGGUGGGGGAAGGGGUGGAAGGGGUGAGACGGGCGAAAGGGGUGAAACGGGAGGAAGGGGUGAAACGGGAGGAAGGGGAGGAAGUGAAGGAAGUGGAGGAAGGGGAGGAAGGGUUGGAAGGGGAGGAAGGGGAGGAAGAGUUGGAAGGGGAGGAAGGGGAGGAAGGGGAGGCAGAGGAAGAGGGGUUACCGCUACAUGCGACACAGAUGGCUUCACUGGACAAGUUGGGGAUGGAGAGAUGGGGGCUGGUUCUGCUCAGGGAGGGAUGGGGGCUGGUUCUGCUCAGAAAGGGAUGGGGGCUGGUUCUGCUCAGGGAGGGAUGGGGGCUGGUUCUGCUCAGGGAGGGAUGGGGGUUGGUUCUGCUCAAGAAGGGAUGGGGGUUGGUCCUGCUCAGGGAGGGAUGGGGGCUGGUUCUGCUCAGGGAGGGAUGGGGGCUGGUUCUGCUCAGGGAGGGAUGGGGGCUGGUCCGCAUAGGCCAGAGGCGCCGCGAGUGUUGCAAAGCGGAGGGAGGCAUGUCAGGGGAGGAGGGGGAGAAAGGGUAG